UGUACUGAGCUCUUGAGAAUUAAUGGGACGGAGGGAAAGAUGAGCAAAAAUGCCAUAAUGCAGGUAGGUGCCGCGCCUUCUUCUAGGUCAAAUUCAUACGGUGGGCAUGACCAAAACGAUCAGUUACUAGUGGACUAACGAAGCGUUCGGGUUCUUGAGACAUCUGUCAACGAUUUUUAUUUUAUUUUCUUUUGGUAUAAAAAAAACUGGUCUAUAGAAGGCGUAGAAGGGCGAAGAACAGUAACGUCCUCGUCCCUCACACCCGGCAUUUUGGCGCGUUAUUUUCUUAAGCGAUUUUCCGUUAUGGCACCUCCGCUCGUCAUUUUGUUCUCCAUGUGGUACUGAGUUCUUCUGUUUUAUUAUGCCAAUGUUGCCACGUUAGAAAAAGCUGUGCUACCGCGAGAAAAUAUCUUAUUCGUGUAGUUUUCCCUUAUAUGUAUACAAUUAUUGCGUUCGUGCUAUAGGAGUUAUAGGACACCUUAUGACAGUGGUUCAAAGCUCAAUUCUGUUUUGACCUCACAAAAUCACACUAUGUUCUUCUAUUUUUUUUUUAUCACUCUCACAGACUACAGAGAUACAUACUCCACAGAUGUAUGAAAACUAAAAUAUUUUUGAAUCAAGGUCAGCCCAGAUUACUCGUGCAAACUCAGUUCAGCGGUUCGGCGAUCUGACUACAUACAAGUCCUGUCUAUAUUUGCUUUAUCUUUAUGUGAUUGUAUUGAAGAAGAUUGUCUACAAAAGAAGAUGGCGUUGCUUACACCAGUCACGUUGUCUGGCGACAACCUGGGCCAACGUCACCGACAUCUCAACAGCUUAGUGCGCGAGGCUCAUGAGAGCGGAGCCAAGUUCCCUGAUGUGGAGGCUCUGCCCGAACUGUCUCCGCUCGACCGACUCUUCAAGAUAGACCUCGCCGUCAAACUGCAACAUGUACACUACAUAAUACAUAACCUGAAACACGACGACAUGCUGUACGUGAGCAGAGCCCUGAGAGCGACCUGGCUAGUACACCACCAGGACAUCAUUAACCCCAAACACUUGGAACACGUUCUCUUCCCAGAGAUGGUGGCGCCGGCGGUCACCAGAAUGAAACACUGGCUCUACAUCAACCUGCGAGAGCCAGCAAUGUGCCAGCAGUUCUAUCAGCACUACAAACCGGACUCCUUUGACUAUGCCAUAAAGUUUCUUAACCACUGUAGCCAAGACUUCAUACUGGAGGAGGUUCCCAACAUACUGGCAAAGAUAUCCUGUCAUUAUUUGAAGGUACUAUGUGAGAAAUGUCCUCGAGUUGCUAAAAUAUACUUCGAUGCGUUGGCGACGGAUGAUGAUGUGAAAGCGCGCUAUCUCGCACAAGAGAAGGCCUACUACAACAGCGUGAAGUGCGUGCUGAAGUCGGACGCCGAUGUGUUCCUCGACAUCACGGAGAAGUAUUUUAACAUGAACAGCUUCAGCCGCCUCAGUCCAUCGGCGACAGACUACAUCGUGCGUUGUCACAAAGCUAGAUUGUGGAGUAAGUUGGAGCUGUACACGGCGUAUAUCCUGCAUAUCCCGAGCCUCGCGGCUCGGCUUAGUGUCGAGGAGUGUCAGGAAGUAGUGCUGCAGCUCGCUCGGGCGAGCUACCUGCAGCAUCGGUUCAACUAUAAAGCCGUGGAGCCGCUGAUCAAGCGGCUCAGCCCCGACAAGAGAGCCGCCUUCAAGAAACGAGUGUUCGUGGAGAAGGACGUGGGAGAGUCUGUGCCGGACUGGCCCUACUCCACGCCGGAUCCGCCGCCGCAGACCGACUCUGAUCCGUAUGUAUUUGAUGACGAAGAAUUUAGUACUGUCUGCGGGAUAAAAGUGACAAAGCGAUUGAUAAAAAAAAGAAGAGGUUACGAUGACUAUGUUGAAAUUGUCUCUUGUGAUAUUGACAGAGUAAAAACUGACUUAGACCGAUUGUUCGAAGAGUUUCGUUUCAUUGGGUUUGAUCGUGCUCUGCACGAGCUUGGACAGCGGUUACAGGCUGCGAGUUCAGUUGAGAGACGGCGCGAUAUUUUCCUCGUAUUGGUUAGCAAGACCGGCGGGCGUAGUGAAGCUGUGUCGGCGCUAUUACGUUUAGCAGCACGUCACAGUAACGAACCGCCACACAUACGCGCCUCUAUACUGCGCAGUCUCGUGAAGCGCGCCAACGUGUGGCGUCUCGGACUCGACGGGGGACCUCCCGAAGCCGCGUGCCGUGAGGGGCUGCAUGCCGUUGUGAUUCGCCAAUUACUAGCAGGCGAAUGUGAACAAGCUGUCCGCGUCGCGUUUUUGAAUGAUUUUUCCACGUUGACAGAAUAUUCCCUCAAGAAGGAUGAACGAGAGCGUGUUGCCGUCGGUCUUCAGAACAUGUUAGCAGCUUCAGCUGCAGACGCAGAGCCGUCAGAAGCCGCAGAACGGCUCGGUCAGAUGCUUGAUAUCAUUUUUAAUUAUGGCCUUGGUGUUGACGCAGCAAUGCCCACGGUUAUGGCUGUGAAGAGUUUAGCUUUGCGUGAUGCAGAAGUUUCUCGCUACUUAUUAAGACGGCUAUACGAUGCUAGAAUUGGACGCCGUGAAUUACUCCGUGAGAAUUUAAAGUUUCGAUGUGAUCAGGCAGCGUUUCUUAACGCACUACGUCACGACCCAGCCACUCUCGAAGUGGAGACUAUCGCAGAUGAGGUAGCUUUAGGUGGAUCACGUUUUGAUGUAUUUAUUUCGAAACUUGUGGUAUACUUCAACCAUGACAAAGAUGAUAUUACGGGCCGGCUAACUCACGUAUUUCAGGAGAGAGUUUCAAAACGGUCGGAAAACCGAAGGAAGAUUAUAAAAAAAACGAAUGUUUAUAGAAGACGUCCUAAGAAUGUUAAUUUGACCCGAGCGCUUACAAGUCUUCUGUGCCAACAGUUUGGUAAAGUCUUGUCUGAAUUGGACACAGAAGGCUCAUCAUAUGCGACGUAUGGCGCAGCGCUAAGGGCGUGCGCACACCGCGCCCGGCCUGCCAUCCACUUGGCGAAGUGGGGCUGGCGCAAGGCUGGUGUGAAAGCUGUCGCGACGCUCGCGUUGCGCUGUCGGGAAGCAGAGAGAGCCUCGCUAACUCGUGCGCUAGCGGCCGAGCGGCGCACGGUGAGAGUAGCCUUAGCGCUCAGCAUGCGCUCUGCGGGCGGCGCAGUGCUCGACACCUUCGCGGCAGCAGUCAAGCUGCGGCCGGCAGUCGCGCUGCGAGUAGCGUUGCUGUACUUUCGACGGUUUGGUGCUAGCGCUGAUAAGGUUUGGGACCUGGUGAAACCUCUGUUUUCCACUGUCGACUUGGGACCGCGCGAGAGGCUUCGUGAAUCACUUAGAAACGCGGGCUGGAGAUCUAACAUUGCAGCUGACUAUUGGGCCACAUUAUAUCUUGCUCUGCAUAAAAUUCCGAACUCGAAAUCCCUGUUCGUACUUCGCAGUGUGUGUUCGCUUCUUCCAGAAAUUAGACAAGACACGCUUGAAAACGUUCUGCUUUGUAUGUUUAAUAUUACUGAAGACGAAAUACCGGUGAUACCUUUUCCUGCUCUAUAUAUAAGAUAUCUGAUGUUGGCUAGAAGUGAUCAAGAUUUCGAAGAGAGGUGUAGUAAGAUCGGUAAUCAGUUUUUUGAGAUUUUAGAAAACUUACGCCGAGAAGGAGCUUCUGCUUUUGAAAGAAGAUUGCAUCAGAUUUUGACUUGUUUAAAAUAUAACGCUGCGUUUAUGAACACUGACUACACCAGUUGUUUGUUAGUAAUAGAGAAGAUCUUAGUGUGGAUACAAACAUUCAUGCCCAAACAGGAAUUUUUCGACAUAUAUGUGCAGAUACAUCUGACAAUGUUGUACUACAGAGCGGUGAGGCAGAGUAUGAAACAGAUGCCGGACGUGUUCGCUGAUGCGAAGCGGAGGAAGUCGGAGGGCGUGGAGGCUGUGGGCUUCGUCCUCGGGAGGUACAUAGUGAAGGAGGUGGCCCAGCUUGUGGAAACAUACUUCGAUUCCAUAAUAGAGCUGUACUCUGGUGCUCUGGAUGGCUACUUUGAUCAAUUUAGUUGCGGGAAAUCGAGAUCUAAGUUCAUUGGAGCUGUGCUUCGGGGUAUGAUGGCGGACGGAGUGGGUCUGCAGCGGCGCUUGGCGGUGUAUGCGUUAAGAUAUCGACGAUACGAUAUGGAGGACCAUUUGAGAAUAGAAAUCACAAAAGAAAUAGAACAAGAUAUGGCUGUUGAGAUUUUCGUAUAUGCUGUAAUUGAAUAACCUGAUUAAUAUUUUGUCAUUGUGUCAUCUGUGUUAUAGGAUUUUGUAGGUCAUCAAAACGACUUCAUUGGUAAAUCGUUAGGUAUUUCUAAAUCUCAGAGCCUACCUUCAUGUUAAUAACCUCGUUUUGAUAACAUGUUUCGAGAGUGUUAAGUGCUUUUGGUUAAUUUUCAUUAAUAUAUAUUUUCUGCUAAGUUAAUAGAAUUUAAUUAAGACACGAUUAUUGUUUUUUACAAAUUGAUAUUCGAAUGUUUUAUUAUUGUUCUGAUUUUAAAUAUAUGACAUAAAAUCGA